CUUCAUUGAGAUUUGUGUUAGAUCACUUGAAAACACUAGAAGUGCUCGUUGUGUACCCAGUUUGUUUCCGUUCUGAAGUUCACAGUUAAUUGGAUAUUGGUUAAUUUGGAUGGAUCAAGAUGAAUUCAUUACCAAUAUUGCAAUCAGUGGACCAAAAUUUGUCGUGCAAGGCAGCAGGAAUAAGUAAUAUAUCCAAGGCAGCAGAAAUAAGUAAAAUUGAAAACACUAAACCGAAGGAUAAGAAACUGGCACAACCAAAGCACUUAAAGUUCGCAUUCACAGAGCCGGGGCCAAAGAAAGUGUUUCACUGCAUGGAGCAGAGUGUUUUGCAAUCUGAAGAUUGCUGGUCCGCUGAGGAAGUUCUGGAAGAAUCAGACGAGAAAAGUAAUCUGGAACUCGAAGAUAUUUACGAUGAGGUAUUUCGCUUAAAGCGGCGCGUAAAUCAACUCAAUUACGAAUUAGGUACCAAUAUACAGGAAUGCCCAAACAUACAUCCCUGCCAGGAUGAUCAUAUAUAUUUGAUGAAUGUAGAUGGAGUUCAUCCCGAUAUUCUUCAGCUGAAAUUUGCAAGCCAUAAACUAGAGCACCAACUGACUCAGAUGCAAUCCGUCCGAAGAACAUCCAAUCUGGCCAAAAAACUGGUACGGGAUGACUACUGCAGAAGCAGGAAGUUAGGUGAUCAGUUGCAGAUUGAAAUUCAAAAACUAGACUCCUUCAAGCUCAAAUUCGAAAAACAUCAAGGACUAUGUCUUCAACGGUUUAGGUUUUUGGAGCAAGAUAAGUAUACUGGCAGGGAGUUCAAUAAAUAUAUAGAAAAAAGUAACGAAAUGAAAAGAACUCAACUCAAAAAGCAGGUUUUAAAGAGUGAAUACAAACCUUUUCGGAAGGAAGCCUCUAGAGUGACAAUCUCUUUAAAAAAGGCCGCGGAAAAUUUGCAAGAUUAUCUGACGAGCGUGAUAAAUAACAAAAAAUGUGAAAUCUUCCAGAUCGCGAAAAAUUCCUGUGUAUCCAUUCGUUCAGACUUUUAAUACUUUUAUAUUAUUUCGAACUCCAAUUCGGCUUACUUCAAGGCGGCACCACCAAGCAUCUGGCCCAGUCAUCGAGCCGCCCAAGCUCUUGUAUCACCGGCACACAGACCUACUUAGUUCGUCCACAAUAAACCCACAAAGCCCUCUUUAAA